UGCAUGGUCUUUAAACUCAUAUUAAUGGCUAGGCAUAAGUACACCUAAUCAUCAUCAGAUUCGAUUUCGACUCCAAAUUCCACAGUAUAAAUUCUAAAUCAAAAAAACGAAAAAAUAAGUAACUCCCACAAGGCACCACCUAAAGAAACUAAUUUAGAGCAGCAUGGAUCAGUCGAAGGCCAAUAUAUCGACCAUCGAUACCGAGGGAGACUCAAAGUUACCACCGACCACGACCAGGGUGCUGCUCAUUGGUUCCAGUCCCGUGACGGCAGAGAUCGAGAUCCAAGCGGUGCCGGUGCCUGUGGUGGAGGAUACGGGCUGUGUGCUCCGGCUGCGACUGGCUUCCCAAGUGCCACAAACUAAACGGCGGCGUGUGUGUUUCCACGAAGGAGUCGUCGAUAAUGAGCAUUUGAAUCGUCGCAAAUCGAAAUGCUGUUGCAUCUACCGGAAGCCGCAUGCCUUCGAUGAGAGCUCCUCAUCGGCGGAUGAUGAGUGCGAGCAUUGCUACGGACAUCCGGAGGUCAAGACCCGAAAUCGUUUGGAGAAGCAGCGGAAACGUCAGUCAACCUGCGGUUGCUGCUCCUGCGGAUCAUGUCAACAGAUGACCAACCAAGGUGGCGGCGGAAGUCAGGAGGAAGAGGAGAAGCAGCUGGAGCAGGCCACUAAACAGGAUUAGAGCGAGAUCACAGGUGUAGAGUCCUGCGCAAUGGAGAGCCAUAUCUGAUGUUCUUUCAUUAACAAAAUUAAAUGAUAAGUACUAUUUAACAUGGCUAGAAUAAAGCUAAAGAUGAGAUCUUUUUAAGAAGA